AUGGAGUAUGAGCCUAUCGGUCUAGUUAACGGAGGAAACCUGUGCUACUUGAACAGCGCACUCCAGGUUUUGUACUCGAUAGAACCGCUCAGAAAAUACUUACUUAAUGGGGCAUACAAAGAUGCAAUCAACAAAACAAACAAGAUGGGGACGCAAGGAAAAAUGAUCGAGACCAUCGCAAACUUCUUUAACAUGUACAAAAAUAACAAAGUCGACUUGAAUGACAUUUUAAAAAUGACACAAAACAUGUUCCCGCUUGGCGAUCAACAGGACUCACAUGAAGUGUUGAUGUACCUGAUCGAUGGGAUACACGAGGACAUCAACACCAAUGGCAGUUUUGUGUCAGGGUUGUUUUAUGGAAAAAUUCAAGGGAGUAUCACAUGCCUGAGUUGUGGUGAAAAGAGCACAACAACUUCACAAAUUGGAGGGUUGAGUCUUGACAUCCCAAAGUGGUCCGAAAUUGUGUGCGAUGUCAACAAGAUGAGUCUGAUGAAAAACGUGUUGGUUGGGGUCAAGGGAAUUUGCGACGGGAGGACACACGGGUCUGAGGUCUUCGUCUCGAUGAAUCAUGUGAUGAAGAAAGACGAAAUUGUGCAAAAGCUCUCAGAGCAACUCAAGAUUGAUGUUUCAAACAUCAAAACAAUUUAUGUGACAAACAACUCCCUUCGAAGGCAAGUAUUCGACGGCGAAAUCGUCAGAUUUCAAAACGCGACAAUUGAAGUUGUGGGAGAUAUCGAGCAAAUGAAAAUAUUUUCGGACAAAACAAAAAGUGUGACAGAUGCACUUAAACAGUACUUUACAGGCGAACAGAUGGACGAGUGGAAAUGCGAAAAGUGUGGGAAAAGAGGUGGGACAAAAACAGCUGAAAUGGUUCAACUCCCACAAUACCUCAUUUUGAAUAUUAAACUGUUCGAACAAACAUAUUAUGGAUACUCCAAAAAGUCCGAUAAUCUGUCGUUUCCAGAAGAAUUCGAGUGGGGGUCUAUUGUCGGGUCGACAACGACCUGCACAUACAAAGCUGUUGCAACAAUUAACCACGUGGGAUACACGUUCUUUGGGCAUUAUUACAGUCUCGUCAGAGUGAGUAAUCAGUGGUAUUGCUGCAACGAUACGUCAAUAUCCAAAAUGAACAAUGGCGAUAUCCACCGCAAAGAUGUGUAUGUCGUCGUGUAUCAAAAAUGCGAAAAUUGA